AUGGCGGCUAUGCGUUGUGCAAGUCUGUUAUGCUUUAUCCUCCUCUUUUCGGCUCUCAUCUUCAUUAAUGCGCAGUUCGAUGUGAGACUCGAGUUGGAAGACAUCGAGCAUAGUCUGCAAGAACAGUUGGAUGAUUUGGGAAAUGGUUUUGAGAUACUGACACAUGCCGAGUUUCCUGAGCAUUCUAUCCGAUUGAAGCCAGGAUCGUUGUGUGAUAAUAGUGUUAAGCAGUACACUGGUUAUCUUGAUGCCGGCAGUAAUAGACAUUUCUUCUUCUGGUUCUUUGAGUCAAGAAAUAACCCUUCAACUGAUCCAAUUGUCUUAUGGCUGAAUGGUGGCCCCGGAUGCAGCUCUUUGACUGGGUUAUUAUUUGAAUUGGGUCCAUGCUCGGUCAACGAAGACGGAACCGACACAAUAUUUAAUCCUCAUUCAUGGAAUAACAAUGCUUCAGUCAUAUUUUUAGAUCAGCCAAUGAACGUUGGAUUUUCUUACGGUAGCGGAGUAUCUAAUACCAAUGCUGCAGCUCAGGACGUAUUAGCGUUUCUCCAAAUAUUCUUUAACAAAUUUCAACAAUAUGGCACAUUAGACUUCCAUAUUGCUGGCGAAUCUUACGCUGGUCAUUACAUUCCAGCUAUCGCACACGAAAUCCUCACUCACAAUUAUGCCGUUGCCGGUAUCCGUUCCGCAUGCACCACCAAAUACCAUAUCAACCCAAGAACCAGUAUUCUCAUCAACUUCAAGUCUGUUCUUAUUGGCAAUGGUCUCGUUGAUCCUCUUGUUCAAUACAAAUAUUACCCUGAUAUGGCUUGCAAUUCAUCGUACUCUCCGGUGCUCGACGAAGAAACUUGUGAUAAGAUGAGAGCGGCGUAUCCCAAAUGUGCUCAAUUCAUUAGCAAUUGUUACAAAUCACAGAGCGUGUUUAAUUGUCUACCUGCUUCAAUGUACUGCAACAAAGAGAUGAUAGGUCCAUAUCAGCGGACCGGGAAGAAUCCUUACGAUGUUAGGAAAAAUUGUGAAGGGAACAGCCUAUGUUAUCCUAUUCUUGAGUCUAUCGAGAAAUAUUUGAACCGGGAAGAAGUUAAACGCCAACUCGGUGUUGAUCCUGGUAUUCAUUAUAAAAGCUGUAACCAUGACGUUAACUUCAGAUUCAUGAUGGCUGGUGAUUGGAUGCAUCCAUAUCACGAAUUACUUCCCAAAGUACUGGAUGCGGGUGUUCGCGUCCUCAUUUACGCAGGUGACGCCGACUAUAUCUGCAAUUGGAUUGGCAAUGAGGCUUGGGUAAAGGCGCUCGAAUGGUCUGGUAAAGCCGCAUUCAACGCUGCCAAGGAUGAAAAAUGGAUUACUGAAGACGUAUCGGAGACAUGGGCUGGCAAUGUCAGAAGUUCAGGAUCGUUAACUUGGCUUAGGGUCUUCGAGGCUGGUCAUAUGGUACCUUACGACCAAGCCUCAAACAGUUUAGACUUCUUUAAUCGUUGGCUUCAGAAGAGAAAGUUUUGUGCAUAA